AUGGAUCGUGCCGACCCGUUGGCAGAGCUGAUCAGCAGCUACUUUGAGCUCAACGGUAGCGCCAUUGAUGAGCUCCUGGACCCGGACGAGGACGUGGACGGGAGCAUCUAUGCCGAUCAGCAGCCGUAUCUCGGGCAUGGCCCCGGCCCCGGUCCUGGCGCCGAGCCCAGCCCGCUCGAGUUCAUGCGUUACGUUGCCCGCAACACGCCGUUUGUAGCCCGUGGUGCUGCCUCGUUGUGGCCGGCUGUCACCACCUGGUCUGCCUCGUUUCUGCGUGAUGCACUAGCCAGCCACUCGGUCAACGUCGCUGUCACUCCCAGAGGAAAUGCCGACGCACCAACGCCCGGUCCGUCUGGAGCCCUCGUCUUCGCCAAGCCUUGGGAGGAGAGCCAGCCGUUUCCCGACUUUCUCGACUACGUCAUGCGCCAGGAAAAAGGCGAGCUGGACCCUGUCGCAGAAGUGCGCUAUGCCCAGACCCAAAAUGACAAUCUGCGCCAGGAAUAUGUCGCGCUGUAUGACCACGUGCAGAAGAACAUUCCUUUUGCCCGCAUCGCCCUGCAGCGGCCGCCUGAGGCCAUCAACCUAUGGAUAGGCAACUCGCACUCGGCAACAGCCCUGCACCGGGACAACUAUGAGAAUGUGUACGUGCAGGUCCUCGGCCAGAAGCACUUUGUGCUGCUGCCUCCGCUGUGUCAGCCCUGCGUCAACGAGCAGCUCUUGCAGUCGUGUACAUACAGGCGCCGCGAGGACAAGGCCGGCCUCGAGCUGUUGCCCGACCGCCCCGACGGAAACGCUGUAGACAUCACGGUCGAGGGCGGCGCCAUUCCUUUUGCCACAUGGGAUCCGGACAGGCCAGAAGAGAACACCACACCGUACUCUGCGCUGGCAUUGCCCAUGCGCGUAACUUUGAACCCGGGCGAUAUGUUGUAUCUGCCCGCCAUGUGGUUGGCCAUCCCUCCCUUCGUCCUGCUGCCAUCCUGUCUAGGCGAUGGCAUCUGCGUCGCUGUCAACUACUGGUAUGAUAUGGACUUCAAUGGCCCUCUAUACCCGCUCAGUGCUUUUGUCCGUUCUGUUUACCAGACUACGCCGCAGUCAGGAAGAGCAGUCUGA